AUGAAUCAGACUAACUUAAAAAAAAUGAAGAAAUUAGGGAGAAAAUUAGAUUUUUUUUAAUCGCCAGUUGAGUUAAUGAUCCAUAAGAAAAAAUCACAUCAGUCAUUAUUUGGAGCAUCCAUGACAAUUUUGAUGUUUACUUGCGUUUUAAUGUACAUAAUCAAUAAAUUUGUGCAAUUGGGAUAAAGAAAGGAAUUUUAAACCUUAUAUUCAGAGGUAUACUAUGAAGAGAUUCCAGUAUUCCCAUUAUAUUCCAAGAAUUUCACAUUAUAGUUUGCGUUUUAAACUGAAAAUUAAAAAAAUUAUAUCGAUGAAUCUAUAUACUAAGUCAAUGCUGUAAUGGUUAAUAGAGCAUAAGUUAUGUAAGUUCCAUAAUGUAUAAAAGAAAUGAUUAAAAACCUAGUGUGUCAUCAACUAGAACAAAAAUUCCUCUAUCUAAAUGUGCAAAAAUCGGAAUACCUUAUGAAGAUUUAGAAGAUUAGCUUGAUGAUGUUGACUCUGAAAAUACAUAUUGCCUAGAUUGGAAUAAUAUUUCAGAUCUCAGUUUAAUCGGAACUCCAGAAUAAGAAAACUACACAUAUUUAUAUAUAAGCUUUCAAUAAUGCGUGAAUGACACUUAAAAUAGUAAUAUUUAACAACUAAUUAGUCAACAGUACAGUUUGUAAGUCUAAAGAAGAAAUUUAAUAAAAGUUACAUCGAAAUUAUAUUUUAUUCCAAUUGUCAUCAUAUAAUAUUGAUUUAAGAAACUACCUCAAACCAAAUGUUCCGAAAGUUGAAGAAAUUCAAACAACGAUCUCAAGUCAAGUUAUGAAGGAUAUAACCUUAUUCAUGCAACCAAUAACCACAUUGACAGAAGAAGGAUUAUUAAAUGAAUUGGUACGUAGGGAUUCAACAAUUAGAUAUUUGAAGACUUAAGAAGUUAUAGACUUUAAUAGCGAAGAAGCAUUAGCAUCAGUUUUGGUUCGAUUGGCAAACACAGAGAACAUAAGUUACAGAAUUUAUCCUAAAUUAUAAGACAUUUUAGCUUAAGCUGGUGGUUUAUGGGAAGUUCUAAUGCUUGUCUUUACCAUUUUGGUCAAACCUAUUCAAUCAUUAUCUUAUAAGUUAGACGUUAUUAAUAAUCUGUUUAAUUUUGAGGGAUAAAAAUUAUCAAAUGACGAGGAUGGAAGCAAGUAAAUCUUAAAGAGAUUGACAAUUAUCUAGGAUGGCGUUUAAACUCAUGAAAAUGACCCCUCUAAUAUACUCAAUUAAUAAAAGUCUAAGUCCUCUAUUCGAUUUCCCAGAGGGAGACUAACACAUAAAACGACAAAAUUAGAAAAUGGCAAUUCUGGGUGGACAGAGAAGUCUUCCCAAAUUGUUACUAAUUCACCAGAAAAUGAUAAAUUAAUUCAGAAAGGCAUUCGAUAUGCUUUAAGGAAAUUAUUUAAUAUAGCUACUCUGAAAUUAAGACUAAGUCCUUUUGAUUAUAUUAAAUAUCUAAAGUGUGGGUAAUCAUUUAUUUUGAUUAAUAGAAAAAAAGUAGGAAAAUUUAAGUAACUGCACUACUCGAUAAACAAAUUGGAGAAAUGCUUGGAUAUACUAUUUAUUAUUGAUAAGUUGUAAGAAAUUGAUAAACUCAAAAUGAUACUAUUAAGCAAAUAACAGGUGCAGCUUUUCGACUUUUUACCAAAACCUCUUAUUUCUUUAAAUCCUAGUAACUUGUAAUAUAACGAAUCAUAAAUGUAUUCAUCUUUGUUGAAACCUUACAAAUCCUAAAAAGAGAAAGCUCAAGAAGCAUAGUUAGUUCUAGAUGAACUACUUGAAAAUUUGGAUGAUCCUAUUACAAUUAAGCUUAUUUCUUUGAUGGAUCCUAAUAUUUUUAAGCUUCUGUAAAUAUAAGUUGACCUCAAAAAGAGAAAGGCUUCUAAAAUUACCACUCCUGAAAUCAUAGAAUAGUGA